GUGAGUGCCGUAGCUCUGGACAGAGGUAGCUCGCUCGCAGAGGUGCUGGGACGACAGAGGUGGCCCUGUCCCGCGCCUGGUGGCCCCGCCGGACCAUGGCAUGGGCACAGGGGGGUCUGACAUCCUCGCUCUCCAUCGUCAUCACGUUGGCUGCCUGCCUCUCUGCCACCACCAGCGAAGUGAACUUGCUGGACACGUCAACAAUCCCGGGGGACUGGGGCUGGAUGACUUAUCCCUCACAUGGGUGGGAUUCCAUCAAUGAAAUGGAUGAGUUUUUCAGCCCCAUCCACACCUACCAGGUCUGCAACGUCAUGACCCCCAACCAGAACAACUGGCUACGGACCAACUGGGUUCAGCGGGACGGCGCGCGGCGGGUCUACGCGGAGAUCAAAUUCACGCUGAGGGACUGCAACAGCAUGCCAGGCGUGCUGGGCACCUGCAAGGAGACCUUCAACCUCUACUACAUGGAGUCCGACCGGGACCUGGGCACCAGCACCCGGGAGAGCCAGUUCAUGAAGAUCGACACGAUCGCGGCGGACGAGAGCUUCACCAACGUGGACCUGGGGGUGCGGCGCCUGAAGCUGAACACGGAGGUGCGGGGCGUGGGGCCGCUGAGCAAGAGGGGGUUCUACCUGGCCUUCCAGGACAUCGGGGCGUGCAUCGCCAUCGUCUCGGUGCGGGUCUACUACAAGAAGUGCCCGGCUACAGUGAGGAACUUGGCGUCCUUCUCCGAGGCCGUGACUGGGGCGGACUCGUCCUCUCUGGUGGAAGUGCGGGGAGAGUGCGUGGGGCACUCGGAGGAGAGGGACACCCCCAAAAUGUACUGCAGCGCCGAGGGAGAGUGGCUGGUGCCCAUCGGGAAGUGCGUGUGCAGCGCUGGCUACGAGGAGCAGCGGGAUUCCUGCAUGGCCCCUUCACAGGUGGUGGUGGUGCAUCAGGAGAGCACGGGCCAGAACAGCGUCACCUUGCUGUGGCAAGAGCCAGACCAGCCCAAUGGCAUCAUCCUGGAGUACGAGAUCAAGUACUACGAGAAGGACAAGGAAAUGCAGAGCUAUUCGACUCUGAAGUCCAAGAGCACCACUGCCACCAUCUCUGGGCUCAAACCUGCAACCCGCUACAUCUUCCAGGUCCGGGCUCGCACCUCGGCCGGCUGCGGGAGGUUCAGUCAGACUGUGGAGGUGGAAACAGGGAAGCCAGUGUCCCUCCGCUACGACACGAUGACGAUCGUCUGGAUCUGCCUGACACUCAUCGCUGGCCUCGUCGCCUUGCUGGUGGUCCUGAUCUGCAAGAAGAGGCACUGUGGGUACAGCAAGGCUUUCCAGGACUCUGAUGAGGAGAAGAUGCAUUAUCAGAAUGGGCAAGUGAAGUUCCCUGAGUCCAAGUUCUAUGUGGAUCCCCACGCCUACGAAGACCCCUGCCAAGCCGUGCAUGAGUUCACCCGUGAAAUAGAGGCCUCCCGGAUCAAGAUCGAGAAGGUCAUUGGGUCUGGGGAGUCUGGAGAGGUGUGCUAUGGCCGCCUGAAGCUGCCAGGGAAGAGGGAGAUUCCCGUGGCCAUCAAGGCACUCAAGGCAGGCUACACGGAGAAGCAGAGACGGGACUUCCUGAGCGAGGCCAGCAUCAUGGCACAGUUCGACCACCCCAACGUCAUCCACCUGGAAGGGGUGGUGACCAGGAGCAAAUUGGUAAUGAUUGUUACUGAAUACAUGGAGAACGGCUCGCUAGACACCUUCCUCAGGAAACACGACGGGCAGUUCACCAUCAUCCAGCUGGUGGGGAUGCUGCGUGGCAUCGGAGCGGGCAUGAGGUACCUGUCGGACCUGGGCUACGUGCACCGGGACCUGGCUGCCCGAAACAUCCUGGUCAACAGCAACCUGGUCUGCAAAGUGUCCGACUUCGGCCUCUCCCGCAUCCUGGAGGACGACCCCGAUGCUGCCUACACCACCACGGGGGGGAAGAUCCCCAUCCGCUGGACGGCUCCGGAGGCCAUCGCGUUCCGCAAGUUCUCCUCGGCCAGCGACGUGUGGAGCUACGGCAUCGUCAUGUGGGAGGUGCUGGCCUACGGCGAGCGGCCCUACUGGAACAUGACCAACCGGGACGUCAUUAACUCUGUGGAGGAAGGCUACCGCCUGCCCGCCCCCAUGGGCUGCCCCACCACCCUGCACCAGCUCAUGCUGGACUGCUGGCAGAAGGAGCGCAGCGAGAGGCCGCGCUUCUCCCAGAUCGUCUGCGUCCUGGACAAGCUGAUCCGCAACCCCGACAACCUCAAGUGCACGGCCACCGUCAACAGGUUCACCCAAACACACUCGGACAGGGGUCUCCUCGACCUGACCAGCUGCUUGACUGUGGAGGACUGGCUGGACUCCAUCCGGCUGGGGCACUACCGGGACAACUUUGCCAUGGCCGGGUACUCCUCCCUGGGCAUGGUGAUGCGCAUGAACAUCGAGGAUGUUCGGAGUCUGGGCAUCACCAUGAUGGGCCACCAGAAGAAGAUCUUGAGCAGCAUCCAGGCCAUGAGAUCCCAGCUGCUGAACACAAAUGGCCCCAGGAGACAUCUCUGA